UCUUGAUUACGCACGGCGAACUUCCCAACAGCCUGUUUGCGCAAGAUCAUCGGUAUUGAUCGCAACAAAACAGGAACUUCACGCCCAGAACGAUACACGCACCAUCACUGUAUUUUUAUAUUUUGGUUCGGUUACAGGAAAACUUGAAAAUGGUGCGCUAGAAGACUCCUAGCAGCGGGAAUUACGACAAUACGAUCUAAGCCCAAGCGCUAGCGCUAGCAGUCCAGAUGAACAUCCAGAUUACAUCUGCCAUUCCAAGUGGUCAUGGUGGCCUCGGGGCAUAAGCGUUAGCGCUUGAAUCUGGUGUAUCACGCAAUAGCAUGCGUGCAUCGGUACACGAGCCCGAUCCCUUAAAUAGAGCGGGAUUAACAAGCGUAUAAUCUCAACUUCACCAUGACCCUCCUACUCUACACAAUCUUGGCAUGCAUUGCAUUUGUUUCUGCUUCACUGCCAAGUCUCAAUGGUACCAGUGUCCGUACCCUCGACGCCAGCGACUGUCCAUCCUGCAACACCAGAACCUUGUGGGACAUUAUCUGGAGCUGUGGGGUAACUUUAUUUGCAUGCACAUGGACUGCCGUCCAUACGAAUGUUCCGGGCAUGGACGAGAAGGCAUUUGCUAUCACCUCUCGUCGUUUAUUCACCAUGGUCAUGGCGUUGAUCGCCCCAGAACUCAUGGUCACCUGGGCCACGCGGCAGUUUUUCAGCGCUCGUGCAGCUGCCAAGGACUUCAACGAUGAAAUUGGUGCACAGCGUGCCAAGACCCAGGGCGAUCAUCAAGUUAUAUCAGAGGCCACGGUUCAAUCACUCGGUGAAAUUGAAAAAUCAAGUGGAAGUCCCAGCGGUCCCAAACCUGCAGAUUUUACAGUAUGGACAGCGACCAAUGGGUUCUUCGCGUGGAUGGGUGGAUUCAUGCUCUACAUCGAUAGCAAGCCGCAUGCCACUCUUACACCCCCUGAACUUCUGCACUUUGUUCAUGAGGGAUACGUGGACAUGCCUAUCAUUACAGAGGCAGAUAUAGAAGAUAGAAGCAAGGGUGAUGGACUAUCAAAAGGCAUCGCCAUUCUCCAGCUGGCGUGGUUUGUUGCCCAGCUCGUUGCACGUUACGUCCAGAACCUUCCAGUAACCUUGCUUGAAAUCGACACCUUGGCUAUAACUGCUCUGACCUGCAUUGCCUAUUGCUUGUGGUGGAAGAAACCCAAGGAUGUGCGACGUCCUUAUGUUGUUCAUUGGAAGGCAACUGCAUCUCCACCAAGUGAUUUAACCUACGAGAAGGUCGAAUCAGAAGACUCCGGUGUAUGCUGUCUUCCCUAUUUCUUUUAUCUCGCCGAUCCUUUUGUCAGUCUUAUGGGCAUCGACGCAUACGUUUCCCCUCGUGCUACUCGUUCUCAUCGUAUUCCGUCUCUGGGUGGCUACGGUGAUUAUCACAAUAUGACCACGCUUUUCCUUGGAUGUUUCAGUGGGAUGGUGUUUGGAGCCAUGCAUUGUCUGUGCUGGAAUUACUCGUUUCAGAGCCACACUGAGCAGUGGCGUGCGGCAUCCCUUGGGACAGCAUGUGUCCCAGUAUUUCUUUUUAUCAAUAUUGGGUGUUCCAUCUGGUUGGUCGACAUGGAUUCCGGUCAUGGACUAAUUAUGAUAAUCGCCGCCACCAUCAGCUCUUUCAUAUAUAUUGCUGCACGCAUUACGCUAAUCAUCCUUAUGAUGUUGAGCUUGCGAUCACUACCUCCUGGUGUAUACGAUACGGUAGAUUGGACCAGGUUUGUUCCACAUUUUUAGUUUUAUUGCAUUGCCAUAGCACAGUGUGAUAACCUGCAUAUUCUUACUAUUGCUGUCAAAAUCGGAGGCGUGAAUGCAGCUCGGGCAACGCUUAAUGAUCUAAUGAAAAGCUGCUACAUGAGUUAUCCGCGAACAGCAUCGACACGUACCUUUGGCGAAGCCCAUC